CGGUGACCGGGCCCUGGUUAAAAGUGCAACAGUGGACCACGUCCCUAAUCAAAAUAGUAAUCAUAAUCAUAGUAAUCCUAAUCAAAAUAGUAAUCAUCAGUCAAGGCGCUACGCAUUGACAUGUCUGAUGGAGGAAUUGCGAUGUAAUGUUUGCUAAUUAGCAUUACUGGACGGGAUUAUAAUCCCGUCCAGUACGGAGAGUUGGAAACAGACGUUAAUCUUUGAACUUCAUAUGCUUAACUGCCUGAUUCGUAGCGCCACCAAGAAGCUUUCUGCUCUACGGUUUCCCCAGAUGCUGGAAUUCGGGCUGGACAGCUGUUUUAAUCGACUGAGCGAUUCAGUUUAGCAAACUGUGGCAUUUUCAUGUUGUAAUGCUGUUUGUUAGUGCUCUGCUCGUACACGGUAUGGCACGUUCUUAUUUUUAUAUGAGUAAUGUGAAGUAAGUGCAGUACUAUUGAGUCAUCGGCACGAGACCGGCACUUGAUCACGAUAACAUAAACAUUUUAUCGAUUUGCAAUAAGACUGCGGUAUGUUGCAAACCGUCAAUCGUGCUGCAAACCGGCGUGUUCCGUCGAUGCGCUCGCACGGCAGUGUAAUGCGGUUCUUUGAAAAUCAGGGAGUGAAAUUACUCAUACUGUACAUCAGCGCUUACAGUUAACAGCAUCCGUCAAUUUCUUGGGCUGUGAUAGUGUUAUUCGCAUAAGUUUACUCCGGUUCCCUGUGAGUCUGUGACGCUCAGAUUAAACGUCUCAGUAAUUACUGUACAUGUAUCUCGGGUUAUAACAGGGCUGAAAUAAACAACAAAACUCUAUCGGCAAUGACUACAGAAGUAACCACUGUUCACUCCCUUCUGCCUGUUCCAGUUCCAGUAACAAUUUCCGGCGAUCCGCGCGCAGUGAGGAUAUUGGGUAUCCUUCAGUUUGUAACCGGCGUUAGCCUUGUCAUCUCCUACAGCAUUGCAUAUGGCAACGAUCUCACGCCAACCAUCGGUUUGGGUUUCUAUUUGGGCUGGAUGAACCUCUUUAUCGGACCGAUUGUCUAUUUUGUAGCGAAAUACAUGGUCAAGGGAGAUCCAACGCUGGUGUCCUUCCUCCUUAUCAAAUGCACGAUUCUCUGCGGAAUCUGCUUCUUAGGAGCGCUGCUGAUUCUGGUGAUGAAAUCCGAUCAGGAGCAUCCAUAUGGUAAUCCAUGUGCUGCGAAGACUUGUGGGAGCUGGUCUUGGUGCUACUCGGGUGGAACGACAGCGGCGCCGGAAGACCGGUCGACAACACCAGAGUGCGUGAGAUAUUCACAGCUGCGCGCGGCAUGGCUUGGCAUGAACACGACAUUCCUUGUUCUUGGCUUAAUAGUGACACUGGGUGCGACGAUAGCAUCGGUGGUUUAUCAAUGCCGCAUAAAGAAGGCUUGACAAAAUUAUUCUAAUACAUCCUUUAUCGAACGGCUUACCCCUCUCAAGCACAACAUACCGAUUGUCGAUUCCAAGUUUUUCACAGCUCUAACUGGACUUUCAUUGCAGUCUGUUGCACGUCGGUGCGUUUGUUAAUUAUUUUUGCUUUGUAAUAUUUGUGUUCAUGUUGUCGUAUGGAGGUACUGUAUCCUAUAAAACAGUAAGGAUGUUAUCGGUAUCACAAGUUUUUUUGUGAACUGCUUUAUUCAGCUUUUGUGAUAACGAGCACAGCUCACUGGGCAGUGGGCACUGCAGUUUUUGGAAACUGGAUUAAUAAUGGUACGCGGGUACCGUGAACUGAAAAUCGACAUGAUAGCGUGUUUUUUAAUUUUUUUGAAACUACGGAUAGUUUUCACCGGAUUGCGAGUUCGCGUAUCUGUAAUAGGACGAUAUUAGAGAUGUCUUCCAUUACGGGUUAAGCGGGAUAGGCUAAAGAAGGGCGUACCUGAAAUGCCGAAGGCACGCUUUGCGAAUAUAUCCUGAGUUCCUGUCAAUAACCUGUUCAAGUGAUCGACACAGUCAAGUUGACUUGAAAAUACAAUACCACGCUAAUAU